AUGAGAGUUUUGAGCAUUCUCCUGUUUUUUCUUGCGGCAGAUGCAAAAAGAAAGAAACGAGGAAGAGUCAAGGGAGGAACGAAAGUUAACAGCGCCACCAAAUAUCCCACUUAUGUGGCGCUUGUUAAAAAAAAUUUCUUUCCUUUUUGCGGCGGAUCGAUUUUGGACGAAACAACGAUCCUUACUGCUGCUCAUUGCCUACCCAGCACUGAUCACAUCAUCGUCUUUGGAACGAACAAACGGGGAAGCACCCUUUCCAGCAGCGAAAAACGCACCAACACGGUCGGAAUCAAAAGCGUCAACAUCAUUGGUAACAUCAUUGCGGGGAAAAAUACGUGGAACAACGACUGGGCUAUUGUGAAGUUGGCGAAACCGCUUCAAUUCGGACCGACUGUGGCAAAAGCUGAGCUUGGCACUUGGAAAGAGUUUGAGCAAUAUGUUUUGAAAGGAAACGAUAAAUGUACUGUAAUUGGAAACGGUAGAACGGAUGGACAGUAUUCAGGUUAUGAAAGAAGGCAAAGUCAGCUUCGUAAAACCAAAACCUUCUGUCGGGGGAUCCGAUCCGCGCCAGCAAUGAGACACUGCAUGAAUCUGGGAGGGAAGAACUGUUUCGUCUUCAAAAACACGGAAAGAGUGCUUGUCGGUUCUGGUGACUCCGGCGGGCCGAUGUUCUGCAAAGGCGACGGUGGCAAAAUGAAAGUGUUUGGAGUUGCCUCUUGGGCGACGAACGGCCCGGCGAGUGACCUUCAAAAAGGGUUCAUGGGCUACGCUCCUGUUUUCUCUCCAGAGGCGCAGAAACACCUCGGCCAGUGGAAUCCUCAAAACAGACCGCCGAAUGCAAACACUUUCCAGGGCUUCGACAAAAUGAUGGAAUAUUAUUUUUUCAAGAAAGAACUGCCUGAUUGGGCGAAAGGCUCUGCAUCCUCCUCAGGCUCCUCCUCAUCAGGUUAUUCAACUGGUUCUUAUCAAAGUGGAAGAAGUUCUUCCACUGGAUCAUCUUACCAGAGUCAAAAUUCGCGCUCGCAAGGCACGACAGGUGGAAAAUUGCCCCGAUGCUCUUAUUGCCCUCCACGAAACAAGCCUCUUCAGGCCCCCAAGAGAAGCCAAUACAGUCAGCCUCAGUACAAGCCACCACCUUCAUAUGCCAGAAAUCCCCCUUCUCGAUCGCCGUAUUCCGGCUCUUCUUCAUCGAACAACCGAUAUCCCUCGAGAAAACCAGUUUAUAAUUCUCGCAAUUCCGGUUACACUGGCAAUUCCCGAUCGUAUAAUUCUGGUUCUCCCUCUGGAUCAUCCUACCAGAAUCAAUAUUCAAAAUAUUCUCCGAGGAAACCAUCUUACAAUCCUCCGAAAUCUGGCUACGGCUCGCGAAAUUCUGGCAAUUCUGGAUCACCAAGCUCAAACGCCCGGCCCAACUAUCAAAAUCGAAUCAGUGGUCGAUACAGACCCGGAGGAUAA